CGCCGCCUCUUCCCGCAGGCCGUGCACGCCGCCAUCCUCCGCCACCGGUUCCUCAUUGUCCGCGCCAAGGAGCUGCGCUGCGGCCUGGAGCAGAGCCGCCGCUUCUACCGGGAGCACGCAGGGCGAUUCUUCUACCAGCGGCUGGGGGAGUUCACGGCCAGCGGCCCCAUGUGGGCUUACAUCCUGGCCCAUGAGGACGCUGUCUCCCUCUGGAGAUCCCUGAUGGGACCCACUAAAGUGUUCCGAGCCCGACACAGCGACCCGGACUCCAUCCGGGGUGCCUACGGCCUCACGGACACCAGGAACACGACCCACGGCUCAGACUCGCCCGCCUCGGCCAGCAGGGAAAUCGCCUUUUUCUUCCCCGAGUUCGACGCGCGGCGCUGGCUGGAGCAGGAGGAGCCGCGCUGGCGGCGCGGGGAGCUGCAGUACAGCGCCGAGGAGCGCGUGCACCGCGUGCGGGGGGCGCACGCAGACUGACCCCGCCGCGGGCGGGCCGGCCGCUGGCCCUGUGGGUGCUGCUGGGCCCAGACACAGAGCUGGGCCGGGCUCUGGGGACGGGGGACAGGGGAAGCCUUGUGCGCGCCGUGCCGCCUGGAAUCUGGCUGUUGGGCUGUACAGUCCCCCAGCAGUGCUUGUGCUGACAGCCUGGCCAUGCAGCUCACUGCCCCUGAGCUUGUCUGGGUGUGAGCGGGGCAGGUGACUUGGUCAAGGGCCAGCGAAGGAUGGGUUGCUUGUUCCAGGUGGGAUGGCCUGGGUUUGCUGACGGGCAGCCUCAGGUUCUCCCUGCUGGCUGUUCCCACAGUGCCUUAGGGAGAAAAGAGGGAAAAAGAGCAUGAAGAAAGGCAGGGUAAGAUGAACUGUCCUGUCCUUGCUCACCUGCACCUGGGCUGGGAAAUGAGGAGCUUUGCCAGUACUCUUCAUAUGAGAGCGCUUGGAGCCCUCAGUGUCCAUGGCCUGACUGGGCACACGGGGCAGUUCCGUGUCCUCGGGAAAUGGGGUGGACAAGGCCAUUGGAUUACCCAGAUACGUGAUGGAAUGCUGACAGGGUGCUGCAGGAGGGAGGUGCAGAGCCAGGUCCUGGCAGGCUGAUUGCGUUUCUCUCUGUGAUGCCACGUGAGAUGUGUUCCUGGACGGGGUUUCAGUUCCUUUCUGCUGUCUCCCUCCGAGCUCCUGACAGUGCUGCCAUUUUAGUUACAGUGCCUUGUACUACUGGGGGAGUUUCCUUUGGCAGUCCCAAAUGCUCAGGCUGGGAAAGGUGUGCUGUGCUGGGGUAGGAGGGCUGAGCUGAGGUGCACCAGUGCCCUGGCACAGCACAGAGCCAGGCUGGGCUCUCCAGGUGCCCCAGAGCUCCGAGAGGUGCUGGGUGGUGAGCAGCAGUGCUCUGUGCUGGAGAGCCCUGCCCAGAGCUGCCGUGCUCAGACUCGCAGCACUCAGUGUUUGUGUUCCCCCUCCUCCUGCCGGGGAUCCAGUGGUCGCUGUUCUGUUCCAGGUGCAGAUCCAGGGGACAUCACUGCUGUCCCGUCCUCAGCAGUGUCCAGGUGGAUCUGCUCAGGACCCUGUGUGCCUUCACACAGCUCUGAGAGCUGCUGUCCCCAGUGCUGUUGAUACUUCUUUGGUAUUUUAUCGAUUGUUUUAUUGGUUCCUGGAGGUUUUGCUCAGAUAUGCGUGUUUUUCGUGUCACUAUUAAACUUUAAUGUUUUUUACCUUUCUUCUUUUAUAUUGCCCCUUCUUUUCUGGACAUUCCUUGGGAAUGUCAUUAACUGGUAAUUCCUGGCUCAGACUUGCCAUUUUUGAAGUUUUGGUGUUUUUCCUGCC